AUACAACAAAAGCUAUGCCUCAUGAAAUCUAAACUAUUUAUUUAAAUUAACUGAAUCAGCACCACCAGCAUAAAAACAAAUUAUCAGCUGCCCAGGGUGCUGGAGUUUUCAACGGAACGCUGGGUGGGCUGUCAAACGCCAUAGGGGUAAGUAACAGCCUUAUCUUCAACUGAACCCCAUCUUUUCACACUGGUGGUUCCAAACAAAUUCUAUACGGAGUAAAUGUGGAAACAAAAUCUGGCAAUCCCAUCGCCCUCGAUACAGAACAAGGGUUCACCUUUAAACACCUUUUUACAAAAAAAAAUCAAAAAAGGUUAACCUGGUCUCAAGUGUUUAAUAUAAUGUUGGUAUCUUUAAAUGUUUUUUUUUUUUUUUUUUUUGUAAAGCGCCUAAUGGAAGAACACAAAAGAGUUUCCCACACUGUCACACUGAAGCCUUCAUGCCCCCUCAAGCCCAGCCACGGCUGUGAAGAGCAUUAACAUACUCCUGUAGUACAUGACAUGUUAUUUAACGCGCAGCUGCAGUGCUCUGAACGGCAGUAACCACGAAAGCAGGCGUCUUCAGUUCGCCAUGUUACAACGUCUGGAACAAACGGGAGCUAAAUACAUGAAGGAGUCCUGCUCUGCUUUGGGGAACAAAAACAUUCGAAAUACAUCAUGUCCACAAUGUCUGCUGCAGAUGAUCAUCAGACUGAAGCUCCAGGCAUACUGUUGAGCACAAAAGUACUGCAGAUACAGCUUUAGCACUAGAAGAAAAAGCAACUCCUCGUCGCCAACAACUAGCAUGUCUUUAUUUAAAGAAGAUGAAAGUACUCAAAGGGAAAUGAAUGAAGGCACUGAGGCAACACUGACGCUGAGCAGGACCAGACUGCCCAACUUCAGCAGUGAUGAAACCGAGAUCCUCCUUACGGAAGUGGAGAUGAUGUUCCACAGGCGGACCGCAGGAAACAGGGAUCCCCUUGCACUCAGGAAAAGCAAGUGGCAAGAAAUUGCUGAUAAAAUCAGUGCCGUCUCGGGAAUGGCGAGGGAGCCCAAGCACUUAAAGAAGAAGUUGAAUGACCUUCGUCGCAGAGUGAGAACGAGGCUAGCGAAGAUCCAGGCAGACAAGAGGACUAGAGGGGCUCCGUCGCCCUCCUCACGCCUCUCCCGACUGGACGAGAGGGUCCUCGCUAUAAUGCCUGAUCUCGCCAGAAGUGCAGUGACGGGAGUCGAUACCCUUCACACGCAGCUCCGCUCCCUUGAGGGGAAGCAGCCUGGUUGCAGAAUGAGCCCUGUGUUGUCACUGUCCUCUGAUUAUGAAACAGACAACCAGUCUACCUCGUCACUGGACAGACCUAUGGAGGAGGGACACGCUACUCCUUACCUGCUGCAAAGGCAUGGUGUAACAGCACCAAAGGGUCAAUCAGGUCCUGGUGCGAGGAAUAUGAGGUCCCAUGAUAAAGCAGCCCCAAAAGUACAAUCUCCCAUAUCUGAGAGGGGUGGAAGAGAAGCAGGCCCCUCUAGGGCCAGGCUGGGAACAGGGAGCGUCCAUGCUGAGUUUCUUCCGAGCAGGGAACCCACUGAAACUCCAUCUAGCCAUCCUAGGCACUCCACCCAAGCCAGCCCGCAAAGGGCUCCUCUGCAGGGGCAAAAGGAGGCUGAGAGGUGCAUCUCAUCGCACGAAUUGUUGGCUUUCCAGCAGGGACUAAAGGGAGCCAUGGAGGCUGGUUUCUGCAGUAUUGGCAGUCAUCUCGCAGACAUUCAUCGGGACCUGGUCCGGCUGGACUCCACCAUGUCCUGGAUGUCAGACAGGUUAGAUGCCAACUUUGCCACCCUUGCAGAGGCUCUACAGGAACGGAGGCCAACCUCUGCUCCCACACCUCCAGAGUCUGUAUGGCUACAUUCCUCUCAGUCUUCCUCUUCCCCACGGAUACCAAGGGCACCUGCUGCUUCUGCUGCAGAGCCCUUCUGAACCAAUGGCAGACAUCUCCGGAGGACCCUGGCACAGCGCCACAACACCACUGCCACCAGGACUGGUGAUCUACAGGAGAAAGCAGCUGGGUUAUAGCAGGCAAAAGUAUAAAAGAUAUCUAAAAGAUUAGAAUAAAAAUAACCCAGAUUUGUAUAUUUCCAAAACCUUGCGUGUGUCACCAUGGAUCAGGAAUCUACCACACUGAGCUGAUUUCUUUAAAAAUACUGAAACUGAAACAAACCCUUCUUUCUGGUGUGGUAGUUGUAGUCUGAUGGUAUUUUACUGUCAUCGCUUAGUUGGAAGAUA